AUGUCGGAGGCGUUCGCAGUCAUCGACGAUGGCGCGGGUUCCCCGCCUCCAGCCGACGAGCCCAGCUUUACCCGACUGUCGGUGCAUCAAUCCCACGAGGACGCGCUUCGGAGGCCCAACUGCUCUACCAGUCACUCUACCGCGUUCAAGUACUCAACAGCGAGCAUGACCCGUUCGAGGUGUCUCCAAAAUGGAGGGCAGACGAUAUCCGAAUGGUGCGUCAGUGCUGUGUGUGCGAUUGCUCUGAGUCACGCCAGUCAGGAUGGAUGUGCGAGCACAUUGUCGCGGCGAUGGCGCUCCUCGAGAAGAUCAGCAUCGACGCGCUGUUGA